UCCGCUCCCGGCUCCGCGCCGCCGCCAUGGCCGACGUGGAAGACAGCGAGGAGCCCGGCGUCCUCGCCUCUCACUCCGGGGGCGCAGGCUCCAAGGCGGGGGCCGAGAAGAUGUUCUCCCUGAAGAAGUGGAACGCGGUGGCCAUGUGGAGCUGGGACGUCGAGUGCGAUACGUGCGCCAUCUGCAGGGUCCAGGUGAUGGAUGCCUGCCUUAGAUGUCAAGCUGAAAACAAACAAGAGGACUGUGUUGUGGUCUGGGGAGAAUGUAAUCACUCCUUCCACAACUGUUGCAUGUCCCUGUGGGUGAAACAGAACAACCGUUGUCCCCUCUGUCAGCAAGACUGGGUGGUCCAAAGAAUCGGCAAGUGAGAGUGGAGGAAGGCGAUCUCAGUGCUGUUGUCUGAAGGCCCGGUGGACUUGUUAUCAAGGCCCUGCUUAGGCUGCAGCACCCCUGGAAGCGGUUCCUGAAAUAGGCCGGGACUCCUAUGGCGCUCAUCAGAGGCACGGUUUCACAUUUUGUCACGUUUUAGUUUCAGAAAGUCUCUGCAAUUAAGAAGAUAAUUUAUUAAUGAUGGUCUUUCCUACCUCGUGUUGUUCACCACACACACACUGCUUAGAAGUGUUCUGGAAAAGGAGAGAACUACAAAUUGAAUGCCCUUUUUAAUUUACCUGUUGCUACCCAAGAGACUGUGGAAGCAGUGUCGUUCAGAGGACAGUUAUUUGCAUGCUUAUAGGUGAUCAGUUAAAAAGAGAGACUAAUAGUAUCAAAGCGUGGUUUGAAAUUCAACUCUUAUCCUUACUUUUUGUUCCUGAUAUUUAUUUUUUGUGUGGAGAGAAGGUAAUAGUUAAUGAAAUCUUGACUAUAAAGAUAACUUUAAGUUGGACAUAUACCAAUGAACCCAGGGUUCAUAAAAUUUAACUUGCAGGCACAUGGGAUUUUGAUCAUCUUUUAGAUUGUCAUAUUCAUUAACUCAGCAACAAAACCUAGAUCCGAAUUCACUUCCCUGUUAAACCAUUGAGUGGUUACAGGCAUAAAUGUUUUUCAAUUCUGGCCAGAUUAUGUUACAAUUUAACUGAGUUUUAUGUGGAAUGUCAUUGAGGUGAAAUGUUUACCACUGUACUAUUGUCUCAGAAAGUGUAUUCUAUCACAUGAUGUUUGAAUAAAUGAUUUAGUCUCACUUUAUAUGAAUUUUCAUUAUGGCCAUUUUAUGUACAACCCUCAACUGAAGUUAAUAAACUAAUUUGUCAAA